AAUAGGAGCCCAACGAUCCAAAUCGGAUUGUGUUAUAUAUAGAUACAAAAAUCUGUAUCUAUUCUCAUUACUCCAUUACGUCAGUAUCAUCCCCACCGUCCAAAGCAACAGAAAUAAAGGGCUUUCAUGUCCACGUGAAGAAAAGCAUCUUUCCUUUUUAAAACUAUUUCUGGUUAAAAAUAGUUGAAAUUCCAAGAAUUUAAUCAUAUUCGUUUCUUGACUCUUUUGAAGACCAUAUAAAUUCCAUAUACAUAUACGUGCUGUAUUUUUCUAGGCAUUAUUUACUUUGGUAUACAAUGAGUUUCUUGACAAGAAUUGCCCUUUUUCUGUCCCUGUUUUCCUUAGUUUUGGCUGAAGGAAAUUCAAAUUUAAAACCUUUUCAAAGGCCUUUGAUUCUUGAAUACCCAGAAAGAAUUGAACCCAAUGUGAAACAAGGAUGUACAGAUGAAAUUCAAUUACAGUGUACAGGUUGGAGGUUUGCUGUGGAGGCCAAUAAUAUAAGUCCAUGGAAGAGUAUUCCAGCAGAAUGUGCUGAUUAUGUGAAGGAUUAUUUGACUGGAAGGGGUUAUGAAGUUGAGCUUGAAAGGGUCUCUAACGAGGCUGGAAUUUAUGCAAGAAACGUGGAGUUGAAUGGAGAUGGGAAAGAUGUUUGGAUAUUUGACAUAGAUGAGACUUUGCUUUCAAAUCUUCCCUAUUAUGCUGAACAUAAUUAUGGGUUGGAGCUUUUCGAUAGUGUGGAGUUCGAUAAAUGGGUCGAGAAGGGAACGGCUCCUGCUAUACAGUCCAGUUUAAAGCUUUACAAAGAGGUUUUGAGGUUGGGAUUCAAGGUGGUCUUGUUGACUGGCAGAAGCGAAAGGCAUAGAAGUGUUACUGUUGAGAAUUUGAUCAGAGCUGGAUUUCAGGAUUACGACAAACUCAUAUUGAGGGGCUCGGAGGAUCACGGGAAGACAGCGACAAAAUAUAAAUCAGAGAAGAGGAGUGAGAUGGAAGCUGAGGGUUACAGAAUUAUGGGCAAUUCUGGAGAUCAAUGGAGUGAUUUGUUGGGUUCUUCCAUUUCAAAACGUUCAUUUAAGCUUCCCAAUCCCAUGUAUUACAUCCCUUGAUGACUUCUGAUUGGAUUCUUUUUUACUGAUUUUUAGUUGGAUACUUUUUUUAUUCAAAUGUUCAAUAAGUACCUGUACAAAUUGGAUAGAACAUCAUUCUUCUGAUCCCGGAAAGCUGUUGAAAACGGGAUUGAAUAGUACAAGGCAGUAUCAAAGAUGUUAAAUCUUAUUUAUCCAGUGUACCAAACAUGCGUUAUUUUGUGUCGAAUAUAACUUAUUUAGUAA